ACCAGGAAGUAACUCCUCAUUUCAGAGAAAACAAACCGUUCUCUUUCUCUCUCUCGUUGUGAUUUCAGGAAAAUGGCCGAGGCCAGUAUUUCAGUAGCUCAGGACCAGUUCAGGUGUCCAGUGUGUCUGGAUCUCCUGAAGGAUCCGGUGACUAUCCCCUGUGGUCACAGUUUCUGUAAGGUGUGUAUUAAUGGCUGCUGGGAUCAGGAGGAUCAGAAGGGCGUCUACAGCUGUCCUCAGUGCAGAGACACUUUCACGACAAGGCCUGUUCUACGCAGAAACAACAUGCUGGAUGAAGUGGUGGAGAAACUGAAGAAGACUGAAGUCCAAGCUGCUUCUCCUGCUCACUGUUAUGCUGGACCUGGAGAUGUGGAGUGUGAUUUCUGCACCGGGAGAAAACACAAAGCCGUCAAGUCCUGUCUGAUGUGUUUGGCUUCUUAUUGUGAAACUCAUCUGAAACCUCAUCUUGAAGUUCCUGCUUUGAGAAAACACACAUUAAUUGAAGCCUCAGCAAAACUCCAAGAGAAGAUCUGCUCUGAACAUAACAAGCUGAUUGAGAUCUACUGUCGUACUGAUCAAACCUGCAUCUGUUAUUUGUGCACGUUGGAGAAACAUAAAGACCAUGACGCUGUUUCAGUUGCAACAGAAAGAGCUGAGAAACAGAGUGAGUUAAAGGAGGAGCAGAUGAAAUCCCAGCAGAGAAUCCAGGAGAAGCAGAAGAAGGUGCAGGAGCUGAAACAGGCUGUGAACACUAUAAAGCUCAGUGCACAGACAGCAGUGGAGGACAGUGAGAGGAUCUUUACUGAGCUGAUCAGCUCCAUGGAGAAAAAGCGCUGGGAGGUGACGGAGCUGAUCAGAGAUCAGGAGAAGGCUGAACUGAGUCGAGCUGAACGACUCCUGGAGCAACUGGAGCAGGAGAUUGCUGAUCUUCAGAGGAGAGUCACUGAGCUGGAGCAGCUUUCACACACACACGAUCACAUCCAUUUCCUCCAGGUUUUAGCUUCUGGACGUCGCUCUCCUGAAUUUAAGAGACCAUUAUUUCACACAUCCAGCGUCACUGUCCAUCAACAUCUCUCAUUUGAUGGAGUGAGGAAUUCUCUCUCAGAUCUGAAAAAGAGACUCGAGGAAUUCUGUGAGGAGGAAUUCAACAAAAUCCCUCCACAUGCUGCAGCAGUUCAGAUCAUUUCAGAACCAGAACCACAGAGCAGAGAAGAGUUUCUGAAAUAUUUCUGUUAUCUGACUCUGGAUCCCAACACGGCACAUCGUCACCUCAUUCUGUCUGAGAAGAACAGAGCGGUGAGAGAGAGUGAGAGAGAGCAGCGUUACUCUGAUCAUCCAGAGAGAUUUGAUUCCUGCUGUCAGGUGUUGUGUAAGGAGAGUGUGUGUGGACGCUGUUACUGGGAGGUGGAGUGGAGCGGUGGUGGUGUGUCCAUAUCAGUCUCAUAUAAAGACACCAGCAGGAAAGGACGGGGUAAUGAGUGUCGGUUUGGAUUCAACAAUCAGUCCUGGAGACUGCGGUGUUCUUCUUCUUCUCUCUCUUUCCGGCACAACAGCAUUGAGACUAAUCUCAGAGUUCCAUCAGCCUCCAGAAUAGGAGUGUAUGUGGAUCACAGUGCAGGAACUCUGUCCUUCUACAGCGUCUCUGACACGAUGAAGCUCCUCCACAGAGUCCACACCACAUUCACUCAGACUCUAUACGCUGGGUUUGGGUUCUACUUGUUUUAUGGUUCUACAGUGAGAUUGUGUGAUCCAGAAUAAAAGUGUGUAGUGUUUUCUGUAAAA